AUGGCAGACAAGGAGAACCAUGACUCGUCAAAGGUUAUCCAUCGACCAUUAGGAAGAGAGGGUCAUAAAGAGUUCUGGGUCUCAGGUCUGGAGACAUGUGGAGAGAGGGCAGAACUGUGUUUUACAACUCUGAUGACCAUUCAGCGAUACAUGGCCGUUGUUCAUCCUCUGUCGGACUGGGAGAAAUGCAGAGGGUUUUCAAUCGCCCCCAUUAUCGUGUGGAUCCUGAGUGGAUUGGCUGCACUGCCAGGCUCUCUUUGCAGCAAAGUCAUGUCACAUAAUACAAACCUUUACUGUGAAUAUGACAGCAUUGAAGUAAAACAUGCAGUUGUUUAUUUGCACAUUUUUUUUUUCUUUAUUGCAUUUUGCAUCAUGGGAUUUUGCCAUGUCAGGAUGUUUUGGACAACCAGAAAGUCACAAACAAGGAGGCGACACAGAGCUAUUAAAAUCAUUUUCUGUGUUGGUUUGUUAUUCUUUAUAGGUUGGGCUCCAUUCAACAUUAUUAUGUUUUUGAGAACUUUGAUGGAUUAUGGUUUAUACCGGUUCAUAAUCUGUGAUGUAUCCAUUCGUCUUAAUAAUGAAUUUUAUGCCUGCCAUCUGAUGGCUUUUUCACAUUGCUGUAUAAACCCUAUUACGCAGACAGCAGUAUGCUGGGGUGCAAUGGAGCAAGAGAUCUUUGCAACCGUACCUGUAGCAAAAAUCAUCAAUUAA